UCAUUUCCUCACACCAAAUUAGUUUCAGCUAGAUAGCACAAGCAACUCCAGUUUCAAAUGAUCAUACUCCAUGGGUGCUAUCACCACUAAUGUUGAGGUUGAAUCCUCAGUGCCAGCACAAACAAUUUACAAGGGAUUUCUCCUUGACAUGGAUAACAUCAUUCCUAAGAUUCUCCCGCAGGCUAUUAAGCGUGUCGAGAUCAUUUCCGGAGACGGCGGGAUCGGAACCAUCAAGCAGAUCACUCUCGGAGAAGUGAGCCAAUUCACCAUCGUAAAGCAAAGGAUCGAUGAAAUAGACAGGGAGGGCUUGAAAUACAGUUACAGCAUAAUUGAAGGUGAUCUACUAAUGGGCAUAAUUGAGUCUAUAGCAAGUAAAUUCACCGUCGUGCCUACGGAGGGAGGGUGCAUUGUCAAGAACACGGCCGUUUAUACUCCGAUCGGUGAUGCCGUGAUCCCAGAGGAGAAUGUCAAGGAAGCUACUGAACAAUCAGGGAUGGUAUUCAAGCAAAUUGAGGCUUACCUUCUAGCAAAUCCUGCUGCCUAUUGAUUUCUACACUAUACAUUUAUAUAGCAAACUUCCCCAGGAGCCUAUGCUUUGUAUUUAAAUUCUUUUUGUUGGAUCAUCUUUAAUCUGCAUUACUCAAACUAUCAUUGUGUUACUAUACUUGGAAAACCCAAGUCUAAACUGAAGUAUCAAAUAUUUUAUUGCAGGCCCAUAAAAGGCCACUUGUAACAGUUCAA